AUCCAGAAGUGUCCGCGCUCCCGGAGCUGGGCGGAGCUGGGCGCAGCCCACGUGGUUCGGGCAGGAGGCGCCGGGACCUGGCCAGCUGCCCGCCUGCCCCGAGAUCCAGGCGCGAGCCAGCCGCUCUGCUUGCCCCCAUUAUCCAGCCUUGCCCCGGCGCCCUGACCUGACGCCCUGCUUCGUCGCCCUCCUUUCUCUCCCAGGUGCUGGACCAAGGACUGAGCGUCCCCCGGAGAGGGUCCGGUGUGACCCUGACAAGAAGCAGAAAUGGGGAAGAAACUGGAUCUUUCCAAGCUCACUGAUGAAGAGGCCCAGCACAUCUUGGAAGUUGUUCAACGAGAUUUUGACCUCCGAAGGAAAGAAGAGGAACGACUAGAGGGGUUGAAGGGCAAGAUUAAGAAGGAAAGCUCCAAGAGGGAGCUGCUUUCCGACACUGCCCAUCUGAACGAGACCCACUGCACCCACUGCCUGCAGCCCUACCGGCUGCUUGUGAAUAGCAAAAGACAGUGCCUGGAAUGUGGCCUCUUCACCUGCAAAAGCUGUGGCCGCGUCCACCCGGAGGAGCAGGGCUGGAUCUGUGACCCCUGCCAUCUGGCCAGAGUCGUGAAGAUCGGCUCACUGGAGUGGUACUAUGAGCACGUGAAAGCCCGCUUCAAGAGGUUCGGAAGUGCCAAAGUGAUCCGGUCCCUCCAUGGGCGGCUGCAGGGUGGAGCUGGGCCUGAGUCAAUCUCUGAAGAGAGAAGUGGAGACAGCGAGCGGACAGAUGAGGAAGGAGAACGGGACUCAGAGGCCCAGGCCCAGCCCUUUGGCAACAAAAAAAAGCGCCUCCUCUCCAUCCAUGACUUCGACUUCGAGGGAGACUCAGAUGACUCCACUCAGCCUCAAGGUCACUCUCUGCACCUGUCCUCAGUCUCUGAGGCCAGGGACAGCCCGCAGUCCCUCACAGAUGAGUCCUGCUCGGAGAAGGCAGCCCCCCAGAAGGCUGAGGGCCUGGACGAGGAUGACACUGGGGCCUCUGGGUGCCAGCGCCAUCCAGAAGAGGAGCCGAUGAGCAUCUCGCCUUCUGGACACGGCGCCCUCGCUGAGCUCUGCCCUCCUGGAGGCUCCCACAGUAUGGCCCUGGGGGCCGCUGCUGCACUCAGGUCAAAUGUCAUCAGGAAUGAGCAGCUGCCCCUGCAGUACUUGGCCGAUGUGGACACCUCUGAUGAGGAAAUCAUCCGGGCUCACGUGAUGGCCUCCCAUCAUUCCAAGCGGAGAGGCCGGGCGUCCUCUGAGAGUCAGAUCUUUGAGCUGAAUAAGCGUAUUUCAGCUGUGGAACGUCUGCUGACCCACCUGGAGAACACAGUUUUGCCUCCCUUGGCCAAGGGUCUAGGUGCUGGAGUGCGCACGGAGGCUGAUGUAGAGGAGGAGACCCUGAGGAAGAAGCUGGAGGAGCUGACCAGCAACGUCAGUGACCAGGGGACCUCAUCCGAGGAGGAGGAGGCCAAGGAUGAAAAGGCAGAGCCUGACAGGGGCAAAUCAGUUGGGGCUGUCCCCCAGGCGGACCCAGAGGUGAGCAUGGCUGCCCAUCAAACCAACAGACAGGAAAAGAGCCCCCAGGGCCCUGGGGACCCCGUCCAGCACAACAGGACCACAGAUGAGGAGCUGUCGGAGCUGGAGGACAGAGUGGCAGUGACGGCCUCAGAAGUCCAGCAGGCAGAGAGCGAGGUUUCAGACAUCGAAUCCAGGAUUGCAGCCCUGAGGGCCGCGGGGCUCACGGUGAAGCCUUCAGGAAAGCCCCGGAGGAAGUCAAACCUCCCAAUAUUUCUCCCUCGAGCGGCUGGGAAACUUGGCAAGAGACCAGAGGACCCAAAUGCAGACCCUUCAAGUGAGGCCAAGGCAAUGGCUGUGCCCUAUCUUCUGAGAAGAAAGUUCAGUAAUUCCCUGAAAAUUCCAGGCAAAGAUGAUGAUUCUUUUGAUUGGAAAUCAGUGUACCGAGGCUCGCUGACACAGAGAAACCCCAACGGGAGGAAAGGAAUGGCCAGCCACACCUUCGCGAAGCCUGUGGUGGCCCACCAGCCCUAACAGGGGACAGGACAGAGCAACAGAGGAGCCCUGCACUCUUUUCCCUCCACCACGGCCAUCCUUUCCCUCAUUGGCUCUGCGCUUACCACUGUACACAGUCACCAUCCCAGUGAGAAACAAGGAGCACCCUCCACGUGGACUCCCCUUGCAAGGGGACAGCGACAUUCAGUCCUGCACUGCUCAUUUGGGUUUACUGAUGACUCCUGGCCACCCUACCAGCCCCUCUGAUCUGUGAGAAACAGCUAAGCUGCUGUGACUUUCCUUUAGGACAAUGUUGUGUAAACCUUUGAAGGACACACAGAAGACCUUUAUACUGUGAUCUUUUACCCCUUUCACUCUUGGCUUUCUUAUGUUGCUUUCAUGAAUGAAAUGGAAAAAAGAUGACUCAGUCAAGGCACCAA